AUGAAAGACGGAUCGCCACUUGAUGGGCAGAUUCAUCCUCCUACCCUCGACCUUGAGGAAGAAUCAGAAGAAGCCCGAUGGGAGAGAAAAGGACGAGAAAGGCCUGAGAAAUUUCAGACAACAGCACAGGAAGUUGGAUUUGUGUUCGCUGUGGUCAUGGCACAACUAAUGUCCGAGUUCUACGUCUCCGGCUUCAUCGUUCUGAUACCAACACUGGCCACUGAGCUCAAUAUACCGCCAGAAUCGACAACCUGGCCAGCGGGAGCUUUUUCGCUGGUUGUAUCGACGUUCCUACUUCCGCUUGGACGUAUUGCCGACAUGUAUGGAGCAUACCCUGUCUACGUUGGUGGAAUCAUCUGGACAGUCGUCUGGUCCAUUAUUGCAGGGUUCUCGACCAACGAAAUUAUGCUGGAUGUUUGUCGUGCCUUCCAAGGAUUUGGUCCAGCCGCAUUCCUUCCGGCAUCGAUGGCUUUACUCGGCACGAUAUACAGACCAGGUCCAAGAAAGAACCUUGUCUUUUCCAUCUACGGCGCUAUGGCUCCUUUGGGUUUCUUUGCCGGCAUUUUCUUCGCGGGUAUCUCUGCUCAAUUUGCUAACUGGAGAUGGUACUUCUGGAUUGGUGCUAUCAUCAGCGCAUUCAGCGGUCUUGCUGGAUUUUUGACCAUUCCAUCCGACACUGCUGAGAGACGGGCGAUGAACGUCAAGAUGGACUGGCUCGGCACUUUGACCAUCUCUGUUGGCAUUAUUCUGGUUGUUUUCGCGCUGACGGGAAGCUCUGGCGCACCACAUGAGUGGGGAACCAGCUACAUCGUUGCGACCAUGGUCAUUGGUGUUGUGUUUCUAGGUCUCUCGGUUUACGUGGAGGGGUGGGUCGCCGAAGCACCUCUUCUGCCACCAGAGCUGUUCAAGAUCAAGUACAUGAAGCCUCUCGUCCUGGCUCUGCUGCUCACCUACGGCGGCUGUGGUAUUUACCUGUUGUACGCAACAAACUACAUGAGCGAGAUCAUGAAUGGUUCUCCUAUGCAGCUCGUCGCGUGGUGGAGUCCAGCCGCUAUCGGAGGGUGCAUCAUUGCGACUGUUGGAGGAUUCAUACUCCACCUACUUCCUGGCACGAUACUCAUCGGGAUCGCUUCCGUCGCGUGGAUCAUAGCACCGUUGCUCUUUGCUCUCGUCCCCGUGGGCGGGCAGAACUUCUGGCCAUGGGUGUUCCCAGCCAUGGUUUGCUGCACGAUUGGCAUUGAUAUUACGUUCAACGUCACAAAUAUCUUCAUUACAACAAGUCUACCAUCGCGCCAGCAGGGACUCGCGGGUGCGCUGAUCAACGUGUUGUUGCAGCUCGGUAUUGCAGUUGCUCUCGGCCUAGCAGAUAUAACUGUAGCCGAGACAGCAGACCAAGGAGUAGCGAAGAAAUACAAGAACGCAUUCUGGCUUGAGGUUGGAUUGGCUGGUGCAGCACUGGUGGUCUUCCUUGGGUUCGUCAAGGUCGACAAGGCGAAGAGUCAAGCGACAGCGGACGAGAAGGUCCAAACAUGA